AUUGUCAUCUGUCACUUUGUAACAGUUCGUCGUAUUAUUGCAAUAAUCAUGAAAUAAACAUCGUCGUGAAAGAAACCAAUAAAAUUUUCAACAACAGCUGCCUCCGAACAAAUCGGACAAUAUGAAUACGCUCAGAUUUCUAACCAAUGCCGUAAGAGGAAGCAACAAUACAAUUGUAUACCUGCAAAAGCAACUCCUAAAGCAGGAACACCUAAAACGUGCAGCUCACAAUUAUGCGGCAACAGCAGCGAUAUUCAUACGUAACACCAAUGCCGGUAAUAGCAGCAAGAGGCGGUGGGAGUGUAAUCUAUUGCCUCUAAAUACAUUUUUCCCUCAAAACCAAAUAUGCUCCACUAUCAUCACUUCAAAAUUUCAUUCAAUUGCAUCUGCCUCAAGACGUAAUUUAAGCACAAAGAAAUGUCCAGAUCAUACCAACAAAUCGGACACCAAAUCAGCUGUGGCUGCAACAGAGUCUGCGAAUGAUGACAUUUUCGGUGAAGCCUCCAAGUUGGGCCUAUUUGCCAAAUUCAAAUUGAUGUACAAAAUGUAUUGGUAUGUUUUGAUUCCCGUGCAUGUUGUCACAUCGGCCGGUUGGUUAGUUGGUUUUUAUUACUUAUCACAAAGUGGAGUCGAUGUAGCAGCUGUACUUCAAUACCUGCACUUGAGUGAAACAAUCAUUGAAAAAGUGCAGGGAUCCAGUCUCGGUCAUUGGGCUAUAGCAUAUCUAUGCUACAAGGUGGCAACACCAUUGCGCUAUGCUAUCACUCUUGGUGGCACCACAGUCUCCAUUAAAUAUCUGGUACAACAGGGCUAUAUUAAACCCAUGCCCACUAAGGCCCAAUUCAUACAAAUGUAUGAAGACAAGAAGGCGCAGCGGGCUGCGGAUAAAGCAAGUAAAGAUAAUGCCUCGACCUCUUCAAAUCCACCACAACAUUCACAAGAGCAGAAAUGAUUGUUUCUCCAACACUACAAAUUAAAGGCAAAUAAAUUGCUAAGAUUUGUGGUGUCUAAAAAGUGAGAUUAAAGAAGUUCUACAACAAAAUUUUUGUUACCGUAAAAACAUAUGAUGAUGAAGAUGAUGAUGGACGAACGAUCAUUAUGACGAACAAGGACAUAAUUUUGUUCCCCACCUAUAUUUAAUUUUUUCAAAGAAAAAGUCCCCUUCCCAUAUUCACCCUAUCUUGUUGCAUGAUUUUUAGUUGGUUGUUAACAAUUCUGGAAUUUAUUUUCGCUUAUACAGAAUGUUACGAUUCAUUUUUGCUUGGGAUAUAUAAUUUUUGUAUUUUUUUAUAAACCCCCCGAAAAUGUAAACUAUCAUAAAAUGAACAAAAACUAAAUCUAACAAUGCUUAAAAAGUAUGAAUAUAUUAGCCUACGCCUAUAGUCAUUCCUACCAAGUUCAAGUUUUCUUUUGUGAGCCAAAUGGGAAUGGUGAUGGCAAUAAUAAAAUGUAAAAUACCCUUAACAUAGACUUGUUUGCUUGUAACUCUCUUUGUAAGCUGUUAAGUUUUAUAUAACAUUGGAAUAAAAAGUUAUAUUGUUACUAAAAAUAUCAAUAUCGCGAAAAACUGUAAAUCAA